GGUGAGGACACGCCCUGGAGUGUUAGGCAAUAUAACAGGGAAACUACUGCAGAAACACUUCCCGGUUUCAGUGCAGCAGAGACAACUGUUACAGCAAGAUGGAGGGGAAGACUGGGCCAAUGCGUGUGCUGGUGACGGGGGGCAGCGGUCUGGUGGGGAAAGCGAUAGAGCGAGUGGUGAAGGAGGAAGGAGGAGCGAGAGAAGGAGAAGAAUGGAUCUUCCUCUCCUCUAAAGACGCUGAUCUAACAAAUGCUGCUGAGACGUGGGCGAUCUUUGAGAAACAUCGUCCAACACACGUCAUUCACCUCGCGGCCAUGGUGGGAGGCCUCUUCCUGCACUUGAGAAAGAACCUGGACUUCUGGAGAAAGAACAUGGCCAUCAACGACAACAUCCUGCACACAGCUCACGAGUUCAACGUGGUGAAGGUGGUCUCCUGCCUGUCGACGUGCAUCUUCCCAGAUAAAACCACCUACCCUAUAGACGAGACCAUGAUCCAUAACGGUCCUCCUCACACGUCUAACUCUGGAUAUGCCUACGCCAAACGGAUGGUCGAUGUUCACAACAGGGCUUUGUUUCAGCAGCACGGCCGACGCUACACCGCCAUCAUCCCCACAAACAUCUUUGGUCCACACGACAACUACAGUAUAGAGGACGCCCACGUUCUGCCUGCACUGGUUCACAAGGCCUACGUAGCAAAGAGGGACGGAACGGCUCUGGAGGUCUGGGGCUCUGGUAUUGGACUCCGGCAGUUCAUCUACUCUCUGGAUCUGGCUCGUCUCUAUCUGUGGGUGUUGAGAGAAUAUAACGAGGUGGACCCCAUAAUACUGUCAGUUGGAGAGGAUGAAGAGAUCACUGUGAAGGAUGUUGUGGAUGCGAUAGUCGAAGCCUUCGAGUUCAAAGGACCUGUGAUUUACGAUACGAGCAAAUCUGACGGUCAGCUGAAGAAAACAGCCAGCAAUGCCAAACUCCGCAGCUACCGUCCAGACUUCACCUUUACUCCUUUCAAACAAGCCGUCAAGGAGACGUGUGAUUGGUUUGCAGCCAAUUACGACAACGCCCGGAAAUGAGAGUCCUGCCACCCCUCCCCCCCCCCCCCUGCUGUGGAGAGAAACACAGCACUUCCUGCACUACAGAACCUCAGAAUCACCAGCUAGAUACUGUGAAUAAAGCCGUGAACACUCAGAUCUACAACAGAUUUACAGCAGAUUGAUCUGCUCAACCAGCAGGACUGAAUGUAUGAUUUUUGCACUACAACAUCUGCAGGACCUUCUCCAGUACCAAACAGUAGUAUCUAAGGUUUACAGGGAAUUGUGGGAAUGAAUGUGUUGGGUUUGAUGGGUGUUAUGGGUGGGGAGCUGUGAUGUGUGUUCUGAUGUGAUUUUUACUUGAAGUGCCUUUUUUAUGAUCCCAUGUUUCAUAAUCAAGUGAUUGAGAGGAUAUAUCCAUCUCUACUUUUAUUGAUGGAGAGAAACAAUUCACGUCAAAACGUCUGACCUUCCAACACGACUCAACGUUUUAGGUUAAGGUUAAGUUAUGGCAACAAAAUCAGCACAAUAAAACCCCUCUGUUGCAGAGUCUGUUGGUCUGUGUCUUUUUGAUUUACAGUCAAACGUAUAUGCUCUAUGUAUUCUUGUAUUAAUGAUCUACAUCUGAUUGGAAGAUGUGUGACUAUUUAUCUAAAAUAUCUAUGUAAUUAAAUAAAUGUUUGAUGGGCAAACAAAAAAA